AUGAAAAUCUUUCUAUUUUUAUAUAAAAAAGGUGUCAGCUGCGAUUCAUGUCUUAAAUCGAAUUUCAAUGGUCGCCGCUAUAAAUGUUUAAUUUGCUAUGAUUAUGAUUUAUGUGCCGAUUGUUAUGAGGAGGGUGUCACCUCAACGCGCCACUGGUUGGAUCAUCCAAUGCAAUGUAUUUUAACGCGUUCGGAUAUUGAGUUGUUCUUUGGUGGUGAGAUGCUCAAUUCGGAGCAGCCACAAAGUUUUACCUGUCCUUAUUAAAAAAUGGGUUUUAGUGAUGCCACGCUAUUGGAGCAUGUAACAUCGGAGCAUACGGAAACCAGUUUGGAAGUGGUAUGUCCGGUAUGCGCUGGCCUGCCAGGUGGUGAACCGAAUCUAGUCACAGAUGAUUUUGCCGGUCAUCUAUCACUGGAACAUCGUACUGGACCACGGGAAUUGAUUUCAUUUUUGGACGAACCAUCAGCUAUAAGACAUGGAGGCGGAGUACGUCGUAUACCAGGACGUACACUUGGUGGCCCACGGGCUCGUCGUUCAAAUAUGCACUUUAGCUCUUCAAGUGGUCUCUCAGCAUUGUCACCAUCUGGACGAGAAUCGGUUGAUCCGAUUGCUGAAUUACUCUCACAAUUGUCGGGUGUUAGACGUGGCGGUCCGCCCACUUCACAGCUGCAGCAAUUGCAAAUGCAAAUACAAUUGGAACGCCAACAAGUGACGGCUACACGCCAGCAGUUGGAACGUUUGCCAAGACGUGCACAUCCUUUGGUCUCAUCAUCGAAUUCAAAUGCAACCAUGGCCGAGGUAAUCAGUGGUGCUACUGGGUCGGGUUCGGGCAGUGGAGGCAGCGGUCUUAUAAGUGGUGGUAGCAAUGCUAAUGGAGGCGCUGGUGGCAGUGGCUCGUGCCGCACCAAUGAAUGGUCUGUGUCUGCGCAACAUCAGUCGCAGCAAUCGAGUCUGGCUGCGAAUGCUUAUACUAGAGAAGUAACGUUGAAUUCUAGCAAUUAUUUGACUUUCAACGAUUUCGGUUUGUCACCACAAUUAUCCUCCUUUCUACAGCCUGGUGGCAGUGGAAUCAGUGGUAGCAAUGGUAACAGCAUGCUGGGCAUGACAAUUGGUGGCUCUGGAAGUGGCGCAAAUGCUGGCUCUGGCGCCGGUGCAGCAGGAAGCGGUGUCAAUGGCGCUGACGGUGCACAAUCGCAGUUCUUGCUCACAAAAUUUAUGCAACCAACAUUGAGCGAUGCCGAAUGGGCUGAAAUCGGUCGGGAACGUGCAGAUCGUUCACAAUUCGUACAGGCCUUACUGCUUUCAACUUUAGCUUGUCCUUCUCUGGAACUAGAGGAUGAUGAGAAGCGUGCCGAAUCCCAGGAGACUACCAACAGUGAUAAUGUAAAUAAUGAAAGGGCGGCAGCAGCAGCUGCUGCUAAUAGCAACAACACAAACACAGCCAAUGAUAGUGAAAAUUUUGUCGAUAACGAUGUGCGAGAAACGAUGAUGAAUAACAAUGCUGCUGAUGCAUCGGCACAAACCACAAAUACCACAAGCAGUGGACGCCAACAAGUCCAUCAACAGCAACAGACUUCGCCCGAAGACUUUGUUGUCGAAGAUCUAAAACAACAACAGGCGUAUUCAAGCAAAAAGAAAGUGGCUAAUAGUGCAGCUGGCAUUAAGUCAACUAGCGGCGGUGGAGGUGUCGCAGGCAAUCCUGCUACUGGUGCCGCAACAGAUAGAGGUAUUGAAAGACGUGGUCGUCCACCACCCGCUUCUGCGGGAGCUGUCGCUGCUACCGGUUCACAGUCGCAACAACAGCAACAACAAGGUCAACAACCACAAAAAUACAAACAGAGUGCUGCCGCUUCUGCAGCAGCACCAGCGAUGUCGGCAGCAAAUACAAAUCAAAUACCCGAUACUAGGUAGUGUUAUCAUCUCCAUAGACCCGCCAAAUCACUACAACAACAACAUAAAAUCAACAUGAAUUGCAAGAAUAAAAACAACAACAGAGAGCAUUGCCGCAACAGCCGCAAUAACAAUAUUCACUCUUAGCAAGCAAUUAAACAGCUAAGAGGAAGAAGAACAUAACAGAAAACAAGAAAACAACAGAUUAGCAACAAAAAAUAAACAUCUUUAAUUUAAAAAUACAAAAUAAAUCAACUAAAGCACAUGUAAUAAUGAAUUAUGUAGUAGUCAUCGUCGUCUCUGUGGCUUUGUAACAAAAAAAAAAAAAAAAAAAACAACAACAACAAAA